CGAUUAAAAAGCUAAAAAACGCCUUGCAUCGCCGAAGCUCGGCAGAAUCUCUCCUAGGGUUUUGAUAACCACACAUCCCCUCCGGUGGUUGCAUAUCUUCCACCGUUGUCGCUUGUAUGCUCUACCAGUUCCAUCCCUUAUUCUUUAUUCUUCAUCAUUGUAAUCGUUCUUUGUGAUCUUGAAUCAAACGAUCGUACAAAUUACAAACCCUAGACAGAAUCAGAAUCUGUUGUUGAUGGCAGCACUGAUAGUAAAGUAAAAUCUUCAUUGGCAUAUAGAAUUGGCUCCUCCGACAACGUCAUGAAAGUGUAGGUCGGUGUAUUGCAGGGGUAGCAUGGGUAGUGUUUCGCAGGAAGGAAAUAUCGAUAAUGUAAACAAUAGAGGAGCUGGGGAUUCGAUAGAGGUAUCUCCUGAUUAUGGAUUUGAAGUAGGGGAUAUGGUUUGGGGAAAAGUGAAAUCCCAUCCUUGGUGGCCUGGCCAUGUGUACAGUGAAGAGCUUGCAACCCCUUCAGUCCGCCGAUCAAAGAAGGAUGGCCUAUUGUUGGUUGCGUUUUUCGGUGACAGUAGCUGUGGAUGGUUUGAUUCUUCAGAACUUAUACCAUUUGAUUCAAAUAUUGCCGAGAAGUCUCUACAGACUAAUUCAAGAACAUUUGUUAAGGCUUUGGAGGAGGCAAUUGAUGAAGUAAGGAGGCGGGGUGCUCUUGGAUUGUCUUGUAUGUGUCGGAAUAAGCAGAAUUUCAGGAAGACCGAUGCACAGGGUUUUUAUGCUGUUGAUGUGGUGGAUUAUGAGCCUGGAGCUGUAUAUUCAAUUAACACAAUUCGGAAAGCCAGGGAAAGUUUCCAGCCAAGAUUGACUCUUGAUUUUGUAAGGGAGCUGGCUUUAGAACCUACAGAUGAACAUGAUGACAUUGAUUUUAUAAAGAACAAGGCCAUUGUUAUGUCUUACAGAAGGGCAGUUUAUUAUGAUCAGGCAUUUGGUGGUGAUCUUGUUCGCCCAUUACCUGGAUCUAUACAAGUAUCGACCUCUGAUAAAAAGCCAUCUAAAGCUCCAUUGAGUAGGCGACAGGUGUUUGGUGACACUCUAAGCAAGCUUAAAACCCCAACAAAUGCUAAACCUAAUAAACCUAAGACAGAUAAAUACCUUUUCAAAAGAAGACAAAAAGUCAAAGAGUCAACCCCUGAAGAUAUCGAAGAUCCGAUACUUGCAACAUUAAAAGUUUCAACCAAUGAAGACACAUCCAAACCCAUUAUUGUUCCAGAAUCAUCCAAUAAUCCUCUUGAUUUUGAGAUCAACAUACCCAUUAUUUCUCUAAUUCACAAGUCUUCAAAUCUCCAAAAGUUUGUUACCCAAAAUGGCAUUCCAUAUUCACACCCCCAUAAAAUUAGUUCCCCAGAGAUGAAGAUAAAGAAAAGAAAUACAGAAUCUUUAAUGGAGAAAGUUUCAUCCAAUAUUGAAGACCCUCACAAAUCACUGGAGAAAAAAAAGAAAAGAAAAAAAGAAUCUUUAAUUCAAGAUCAUGAUGGUGAUAGCCCUGAAAUGGAGCUGCCACGUGUCCUAGCAGAUUUGCAUUUAUUAGCUCUUGAUCCUUUUCAUACUAAUAACAGAAAACUCCGGCAGGUUUUUCUAAAGUUCCGGUCACUUGUAUUCCAAAAAAGCUUAAAUUCAGUCACUCAAAACGCAAGUAAAUCCCCGGUGGUCGCCGGAGCUCCACCGGUAAAACCACCACCACCGCCACCGCCACCGCCACCGCCACCGUCGGGUGGCAUCAAGCGGGAUCGCGAUGAAGAAACCGUUGCGAAAAAGAAAAAGAUAAAGAAAAUGGAUGAAGAUGGGGGGCGGCAGAUGGUGGUUGUAAAACCGAGGAAAUCCGGGCAGGAGGUCGGGCAGCGGGCAGGGGCAGAGGAAGAGGAAUGGACUACUUUAAAGAUGGAGUUUCCAUCGGGAGAAUCUUUGCCGUCUAUUAGCGAGCUGAAGGCGAAGUUGGGGCGUUAUGGAACGAUGGAUCAUGAUGGGACCCGCAUAUAUUGGAAGACUUUCACGUGUCUUGUGGUUUACAAAUACAAGGCGGAUGCUUUGGCGGCAUUGAAGGCGGUCACCGCCACCGGAAGUUUAAGUAGCAGUCUGUUCGGAAACACCAACGUAAAGUAUAGUCUCAAGGAGCUUUCCAAUUCCGAACCGCCUGACAAAGUCUCCGACCGCCAGCCGCCAGCGGAGGACACGGCGGCUGUGGUGGUGGCGGUGGAUACGCCGGUGAAAUCGUGUUUGAAGAAAUCCGGUGGCGGUGAUGAUGGCGGCAGAAAGAUUUCUCGUGUAAAAUUCAAUUUGGCCAGAGACAAAAGAGUAUUGGUGGCACCACCGCUAGUUCCAUUGCAGCCGCCGCCUUUAGCAUCUCCGCCACCACCACGGAGGUCUAUGAACUACAGCAAACCAUCGGCACCACCAUCAUUGCCGCCACAGUCGAUGCGGGUGGCACCACCACUGCCACCGCCACGACCGCUAGCUCCAUCGCCACGGUUAAACAGACCUGCCGCCAUACCACCGCCGCGGCCAAAUGUUGAUAUUGCACAGCAAAUGGUGAGCCUUUUGACAAGAUGUAAUGAUGUGGUGGCACAUGUUACGGGUAUUUUAGGAUAUGUGCCUUACCAUCCUUUGUAAAAUGAGCAUGUGUUUGUUCUUUGUUGUUAAAAAAUGGAUUUGUCAUGAAAAUUAAAAUGCCAUGUGUAAUGUAAAACAAGUGGUGAAAUGAUUUGAGGCUAACUGUAGUUGACAAGGGAAUAUAUGCCAAAACAAAAGUAUAAGAGUAAAUAACACGGA